AUGGAUGAGUUCCUCGCAACAGUUGGCGUUCAGGCCAUGAGAUAUGCCAUCCGCUCUGGUAUCGCCCUAACAUCGUCCUACGCCAUCGGCCAAUGCUCGCGGCUCCUCAAGUCGGUCGAAGACAAGGCAGUCCAUGAUGAACUCAAAUCCUUACGAAACCUGCUCGAUUGUAAGAUCAAGAUCAUCUCACCAGCAAUAGACUUGAUCGAGUUCAAAUCAGGACGAGGAAACAUAUUCCUCGAAUCAGCCGCUCCCCUUGCGAGAUCAUUGCAUAAGGACAUUGUUUCACUUGGGCGUCGCAUAGAGGCAACCACUGCUAUAUAUUCAAAUUCGAAUGGCAACCAUGCUCAGACACAGUCAUCGCCUGUCAGUCGUGAGAAGCUACUGGCUGUCGUCACUGGAAUAAAAGCCCUGCUGGACAGAAUAGACCGCGAAAUUCCCCUUCUUCAGUUGGCCAUUACGGCAUCUGGGGAAAGUCUUUCGACAUCUUUGCCCGCUGGUAUAUCGCCGUCCCGACUGCUGCAGGCCAGCACGCUACUCACCAUUGGUGAUACACAAUUCACUCAGGAUCCUGCGAGGCCAGUCCAGAUUGGUCCAUCAUUCACUCUAUCACUUUACAUGUUAUUUCUCGGCCAUGCAUCUGCACCGGUGUCACACGGCUCCUCUCAAAUUGCCACAGUUUCUACUGAUAUUCUGUCUUCGAAUCCUUUUAGCGAGGGGAGUUCCUAUGGCUUGGGAGAAGGGGACCGAAAACCGUUGUGGCAGGAAGUCUUGCACAAAGCCCGUGUCCGCAUAUGUAGAGUUCGAAGAGACUUCUACUUUGACAGCAGGCAAGGGUUUCGCGCCAAGCCACUGAAAGACUGUGCACUUCCUCUUCCAAUUCCUGAUGCAACCGGCGGCGGAGAGUACGCUUACCAUUUGGAAAUUAUUGAAGAUCUCGACGACGGCCGCGUCCAUGACGAAGACGAGCAUAAGACGGAGUCGUACGAUGACAUCUCACGAGCAGGUAUUCGCGAAUCUAUACCGGUGCACCAGUUGUCCAAGAUCUUCUAUACAGACACAGGCAGAAUUCUGAACAUAGGUUCCGCUACCGACAGCGAGCAAAGACCAGUCUUGCUCUUGAAACGAGAUGCGCAGGCCUUAGCCCCCCGACAGGUAGCUGAUGAUAUUGACGGAUUCCUCGACGAGCUUAAUGGCGAAAGUGAGAGUGAAGUAUUGGACUUGAUCGGCACUGAAGAUGACCAAGCUGAUAUCGACAAGCAACUUCUAGAGGAGUUUGGUCGUCCCGCGGUCAACGAUAGUAAAAUUGUCGCCUCGACCGACUGUUUCAAAUGGAAAUUCCCGGCGCAUCUUGACCCUGAGUGGAUUGCUCUCGAGGUGUUUGAGGAUGACGAUGAUGAUGCUGAAGAGGGCGAGGACGAUGACUCCUCGGAUUCAAGAAGCCUGGAUCAACCAAGAGAGGCGAUUUCAAAGCCGGGCACUCCUCGUGACAGGAGAUCGCUGGAUUCGAACGUGGUCGAUCAAAUCAAGAGGCUUUCGCUGAGCAAUUCCGAGAAACAAGACUCUCUGCAAGCUGCCACAUCAGCCGAAACAGAGAACUUUGUCGCUCGGUCCCCAUUCGGCGGAAUUACAACUUCUUUAUCGCUAAUGGAGAUGCUCAUACGGCUGGCUAGUCUCCAGGAAUUUCAACAAACGUCUCAUCUGUCUAUCCCCGACCACAUCCUGACAUUUUUCCUGGAGGAGACAUCUACCACGGGAUUGAUUGGCGAAACCCAAUGGAGAGCCCGCAGCGAGGCAAAGCGGCGCAUGGGAUUUGACCCCUAUACCGAUGAGCAAGCAAGGUAG